AAUAUAUACACACCAGCAAGCCAAGCAGUUAAGCAUUAAGCAACCACAAUCACAAAUAGAAAAUUAAGGAAGGAAGUUAUAGAGAAGAAAAUGGAGAUGGAGAAGGAAAUUAUGCAGUCAAAGUUCAAGAAAAUUUGUGUGUUUUGUGGGAGUAGUCCUGGAAAGAAGAGUAGCUAUAAGGAUGCUGCAGUUGAGCUUGGGAAAGAAUUGGUAUCAAGAAACAUAGACCUAGUUUAUGGAGGAGGAAGCAUUGGUUUAAUGGGUUUGGUCUCUCAAGCUGUUUACAACGGUGGUCGUCAUGUCCUUGGGGUAAUUCCAAGGACUCUCAUGCCUAGAGAGUUACUUGGUGAAACAGUGGGAGAGGUGAAAGCGGUUGCAGAUAUGCACCAGAGAAAAGCAGAGAUGGCCAAACAUUCUGAUGCUUUUAUUGCUUUACCUGGUGGCUAUGGAACUUUAGAAGAACUUCUUGAAGUUAUAGCUUGGGCUCAACUUGGAAUCCAUGAUAAACCAGUAGGACUAUUGAAUGUUGAUGGUUACUACAAUUCCCUUUUGACAUUCAUUGGCAAAGCUGUGGAGGAAGGUUUUGUCUGUCCUAACGCGCGCCAAAUUUUUGUAUCUGCCCCUACUGCCAAAGAACUUAUGAAUAAACUCGAGGAGUACUCUCCCAGCCAAGAAAACAUUGCUUCUAAACUAAAUUGGGAAAAGGAGGAGCUAGAAUAUCCUCCCAAAUGUCAGAUACCAUUAAGGUAGUUUAUUAGGAAAAUCAGCAGAAGCAAAGAAGAUGGUAUUAAAUUACCAAAAAGAAGAAGAAGAAGAAGAAGAAGAAGAAGAUGGUAUUAGGAAAAUCAGCAUUUUAUAGUAACAUAAUUGCAGACAUCCUUAACUCUUCUCAGACCUUUCUGUCUAUAUGAAGGUUGUCAAUUGACAUUGAUGAGAUUAUUCGUGUUUUGAGAAUAGGAAUAUAGUCAUUUUCUUUUAUGCAAAGUGUGUUAGUACAUGCCUUAGGGUUAUGCUCGAAUUCUUGAAUUUACGACCAAACUAUGUUCAUAGAAGUCUACUUAUUCCAUGUAUUCUUGAUAAUUAAAGUUAAAUUAUUAUUAAAUCUUAGUGCUACAGGUAGAAUUAUCAAGAA